AUGAAUGCAGUAUCAAUUUGGUGGCUACUUAUUGUAGUCAAUAAAAUUAUCUCUCCUGCCAAUGCUAAUUGGAUUACAGGAAAUCUUUGCUGGUCAAUGCCAUGUCUGAAUGGCGGUUCAUGUUUUGGAUCAGCAUAUACAUAUCUUUGCAUAUGUCCUAUUCAUUAUAGUGGAGCGUUAUGUGAAAAACGUCUAGGUAUUUGCCAAGAAAAUCCAUGUGGAAAUCGUGGUUCAUGUAUUGAAACAAGUCUAACAUCGUUUGAGUGUCGAUGUUAUUAUGAUUAUAUGGGUUCAACAUGUGAACAGCAUGUACCGAAACAUACUCGUAAUAUAUGGUCAUCACUUAUACCUUCGCAUACAAGAGUUUUAUUUAAUAUGUUAAAAGAUGCGUAUUUUUCAAAAAUAAAACAAAAAUCAACAAUUAGUUCAGAAACUGAUCAGAUAGAUUUUAUUGGUUUAUUAGCGAAAAAUGAUUCCGUUGAUUCUACAUCUAUACCAACAACAGAAGAGAUUGAUUUUACAACUGAACAAAAUCAAUUAAUCGAAUCAGAACAUGUUAUUCCAGCAAAUGAAAUUCAACUUGAAAAAAUCUUCCCUAAUCUAAAUACUCGAUCCAAAUCAAACAUGAAUACCAAUGAAAAUUUUCCAUUUCAUAACCCAACUAAAUUCGUAAUAGAUAUGACUUCUACUCCUAUAAUCGAAAAUCAUUUGGUAACAACAGAAAUCGAACAAAUUCAAACUACAAAUGAAAACUUUCUUCAAGAAACAACAACAUCUCCAAUAAUAAGUUCAACAUCGAUUCUAUCGCUAAAUGAUAGUAUUACCGCCGAUGAUUUAACCACAGAAAAUGUAUUUGAACAAACAAAUAAUACCACUGAACCUAUUUAUAUGACUACAACGGCAACAAUAGAUUCAACUGUGAAUAUCUAUAACACAAUGGAUGAUAAUGAUUCAUCUAUUAUCAAUACAUCUGAACCACCAUCAACGACCCGUACAACUACGAUCUCUCAAAAUGCACAUAGUCAAUUGCUUUAUAAUCUUUGUCGAAAAAUUCUAUCCCAACUUUCACCUAAUGCAUCAUCAUCUGCUGUCGCUGCUGAAAUUAAUAAAACUUUAUUAUCGUAUUCAUCACCUAUAAAUAAUGAUACGGCUGACAAAUUGGCCCACUUGUUGAAUCAAUAUCUUACUUCAUCGACAACUACUACUACACGUAUACCAUCGACUGUAGCACCAAUAAUAAUCAAUGGCAUGCGACCAUCGCCAAUGAUAUUACGACGAAUCGAAAUGGAUGAUGCACUAGAUAAUAUGAAUAAUAACGACAUUAAUAGUGAAGAUUCAUUAUAA